GCGACGCGUUCAUUUGUUCGUCCCACUUCUGAAAAAAAAGGCGCUUUUGUUUGUUUUCUAUUAUACCUUUGCAGACCGGACCCCUCUCAGACCCUCUCAUCCCUCUCUUCGAUCCCUCUCAGACCCUCUCUCCUUCGACCCCUCGCAGACCCGACCCCUGUCAGACCCGACGGCCAAGCCACUCCCGCAGACGACGGCCCAGCCCCCCAUACCCCUCGCAGACCCUAGAUCUCGCCACCGCCGGAGACUCGAAGGUCGGCCUUCGAGCUUCGCGCCUGCGUCAGCGGUCUCUCUCUCUCUCUCUCUCUGCAAACCCCCUCUGUUGUGCAGAUGUCAAACCUGAUUAGAAGUCGUAAGGCGGUGACGACUGCACAAAGUUCGCCUCCCCCGGCUCACCCGUCAGCUGCCACUGCUCCAGCACAAAUGGACCACUUGCCGGUUGGUCCCGGGGUCUCCCAUGCGCCGGCGUCAUCAGCGUCAUCAGUGGCACAACCUGUUAGCGCCAGGCGUCGUCACCGCCGCCCCAGCACGACCGACACAACAUCGACAUCCGCUACUAGUGCGUCAGGGUCACAACCAGUUGUGCAGAUGUCAAACCUGAUUAGAAGUCGUAAGGCAGUGACGACUGCACAGAGUUCGCCUCCCCCGGCUCAGUCGUCAGUUGCCACUACUCCAGCACAGAUGGACCACUUGCCGGUUGGUCUUGGGGUCUCCCAUGCGCCGGCGUCAUCAGUGGCGCAACCUGUUAGCGCCAGGCGUCGUCACCGCCCCCCCAGCACAACCGACACAACAUCAACAUCCGCUAUUGGUGCGUCGGGGUCACAACCAGCCAAGAAGAACACCCGGGGACCUUGUCGCCAAUUGAAGACGACGAAGGUCACCCGGGUGACCAACAGUCGUAUCAACAUUGGAUACGAUGAGCGGCAUCGGGCUGCACCAACGGCGGACCAGCAUAGCUCAUUGGCCCACGACAUUGGUCACGUUGUUCGGACCUAUUGCCCGAUGAAAUGGAAGUCUUGGAAGGUCAUGCCUGACGAGAUGAGGAUGGAGGUACGCGGACAGUUGUCGACGAACUACAAUUUAGAGGACCUUGACAAUGAGUCGUUGGCGUAUGUCAAUAGACUCUUUGCUGAGAGGUACAAGCAGUGGAAGAGCGACUUGCACCACCAUUUUCAGGCAUUUGAUGAUCCGCAAGUCGCUCUUCAGGAGGGUUGCCCGAAGGAGCUUGAGGGGCGGGAGGAUAGUUGGGCGUGGCUUUGUGGUCAUUUUCAGGAGCCCGAUUAUGUGAAGAAGGCGAAAGCAAAUAAGGGCAAUAGGGACAAGAAGAUUCUUCUCCACCAUUCAGGUUCCAAGCCCUUCUCAUAUAGGAUGGAGGAGCGGCGGCAGGGGGGGUCCAAAUUCCCGGAGAUCGACGUCUUUGGCGACGUUUAUGUUCGACCUAAGAAUUAGUUGGCCGAGUCCCUUCAUGCGACAAUGAUGGAGAAGAGCCAGUUGUGAUGCAGGAUGCAUAGGACCUAAAUUCUUUAGUUUUCCAAAUUCUAGUAGGAUUUCUAAGUUACCUAUUUUAUUAGGAAUAGGAUUUCUAUUUUAGUUUUAAUCCUAUUGUCUCUAGGUUUUUGUUUCCUAUAAAUACCUCUGUGUAGUUCUUUAAAAUUCAGUUUUGAAUAUUGGUUAAACCUUCUCUUAAA